UUGACCAUUCGCUCUGAAAAUCUCUCCCAGUUUGCUCCAAUUGAGCAGCUGAUCUACGAGCUUCCCCAAUCGUAGAAGCGCUUGAAGCCACAACGGUUGCGAUCAAUAGAGGGGGGCGGUUCCUCCGUUCAAAUUCGCCUACACCUAAUUCCCUGUGGCUGUGAGCACUCUCGUCCAGCCCAUGGAUAGGUUCUUCGAGGGUGUUGCUGUCAUCCAGAAUUUCGCGAAGUAGACGUGAAUUCUCAUGAGGCUGUUCUAUUGUUGCUUUGCAUCGAUCGGGUGAGUAUAGAUAGGAAGUCAGCACAACAGGGCCUGACGACUGCGUUUCCACCAUGAUCCUCAGAGGCGAACCAAGGCCAAGCCGUAAGGCGGUGUCGUGUACAUUGAUCGCUGUGGUAGUGAGAGAUGAAAGGGACUGGAACUGUCUUCGUGGCUGAGAAGUGGUACUGCAGGUUGACGAGAACUGAGAGGAAGAGAGAACGGGAUUCAAGCCCCGAUCAGCAACAUGGAGACCGAACGAGUCGACCUGAGGUGGAACCUUCGCCAUAACGACUGUCGUAACUUGUGGUGCAGUUUGAGCCGGAACAAUGCCGAGGGAUUUGAUGUUUGAUUUGAGCCGAAAUGAAUUGGGAUGGAUUUUGCGACAGAAAGAGAGAGCGAGGAAAGCGAGGAGAGCCAGACCUAGCGUAACAGAACAGAAGAAAAUAGGGCUGGAUUGGAUGCUUAUAGCUCGUAUGGGGAUAGGGAUGGGGAUGAGAGGAGAUGAGGAUUAGUUGGGUUCCUUCGCUUAAUUUAGUGCCGGGAACUAAAGUAGCGUCAAGCAUGGACUUCAUACCUACUGUAGCGAGCCUAGGUAGUGAUGCUUCCAUUGGUCUGGGUCGCUGGGGUAAUACGGAGUAAGAGGCACAUCGCUUUCAGCGCACCCGCCACCUUAUCUGUCAACAUAGUCUAUUCCGAAAACUUGCACCCUCCUCAGCACAGUCCCACAAGCUACUGCCGCUCACAAGAGCAAUCAUGGCGGAUGAAGAUAAAGCAAAGGCUGAAAAGCUCGCAGCUGCGAAGAAGCGGGUAUGCAUCUCUCGUCUUGGUGGUACUCGGACGCUGGCCUGCUAACCCAUGGUCUCUGUAGGUGGAGCAAAUGAAGAAGCAAAAGCAGAAGAAAGCAGGUGCAAAGAAGGAUGACAAGCUGGAAGCUGCCCCAGAACCUUCCAAGCCAGAUGACAAUCCAAAUACAUCAACGAAGACGAGUCCCGGGCCCACCAAUGGAGAUGACAAUAUAGAAACGUCGCGUGAUGGGCUUAAGGACCAAGAGGAGUUGGUUGCCGAACCCAAUUCAGAAACGCCCCGCCAGCAACCAUCCUUAUCCCUCCAAUCGAAGAUGCGAUCAUCCUCUUUCAGAUAUUCAUCUGGCGGACCACUAUCCCCCAGCUACGGGUUUUCUCCUGAAGGCGACACAGCCCCAGAUAUCCAUCGGAAGCAGGCGGUGCGUAUUGAGGAGCUGGAGAAGGAAAAUAAACGCCUAGCAAAGGAGGCAAGUGAUGGAGAAAGACGCUGGAAAAAAGCCGAAGAGGAGCUUGAAGAUCUUCGCGAGGCGGAUGAUGAAUCUACAAAGGGAAACAAAAAUCUCACUUCGAAUCCUGCGUCAUCAUCCGAGCUGGAGAGAUUGAAAGCCGAAGUAGUUACUCUCCAACGACAGAAUACACAGCUUCAAGCACAUUCAUCCCGUGUUUCUCGACAUGGCUCAUCUCCUUCGGUCUCGGUAUCAGUUCCAGAGGACUAUGAAGCAGCUCUGUCAUCUAAAUCUUCAGUCAUCGAAUCUAUGGAAAUUGAGAUUUCUAGUCUUCGAGCGCAGCUCGAACGGAUGGCAUCUGGUUCUUCAGAGAAAGAGCAAGUCACAGCGCUCGAGUCAAAGCUUUUGAGGAGCGAAAAAUUAGCUGAGACAGCUCAGCGCGAGCUCGCCGACCUGAAGAAGAACCUCGAACGUACAACAGAAAAGGCAGUAAAGGAGGGAAGUGAGCGUAUAUCAGCCGAGACCAAACUUAGAACACUGGAACGUGAAGCCACAGAAUCAAAGGCACAUAGCAAAGAGCUGCAAAAAAAGAUCGAUGCACUUGAAAAGAAGGUCUCGACUCUGGUUACUUUACGUAAGGAACACGAUGCCCGAUCCCAGACUCAGAAGAAAGAACGAGAGAAAAUCGAGCAAGAGGCUUCUGAACUACGUGUCCGAAUUGCCGGUAUCGAGAACGAGAACCUACGAUUGAGAGAGGAACGAGAACGCGCACGGAAGCGGGAUGCGCAGGGUAUUGACGAUGAUGGGGUUGAUGAGCUAGAGAACGAGGAGCGACAGCGUCUCGAGGAGAAGGUCAGAGACCUUGAAGGAGAAGUCCAUGAACUUCGCAGAGGGGCAUGGCGCGAGCGAAGGAAGGAGCUAGUUGGAGAAGAAUCAUCUGGUGUCACAAGUCCAGGUACCAGAUUUACAGAUGUGGACCUCCAUGGCGGAAUGUCACCAAGCAGACGGAGGAGUAUCGCACCUAGCGGGAAGAGUGGCUUGGGCGACUUUUGGACCAGUGGGCUCAAUGCAAUCACGGGCGCAAAUGCCUCUUCAGGCGAUGGAGCAUUGCUAGAAGAUGAUGAGGAUCUAGAGUUCGACGAGGAUGCGUUUAGACUUGCUCAGGAAGCAGAAGCCGCGAAGCGGAUCGAACGAGUGAAGGAGAUCAAACGUGGGCUCAAGAAGUGGGAAGGUUGGAGAUUGGAUUUAGUUGAGAAUCGAAUUGGAGGCGUCGACGGCGUUGGUGAAAUUUUCGAAGUUUAG